AUGAUGUCCGCCCUUCCAUCCUUCAGCGACCUCGUCGGUAAUUCGCCCGACCUCAACGGUGCUCUGUUGAGCGCCCUCGAAAUCCUCUUCGAGCCAUCGCCGGUCCUCUCGAAGAUCGUGUUCGAUAUCUCGUCACCUACGCGUUUAGGCCCCCGAGGCGUCAUCUGCAGCUACUCCGAUCUCAUCGAUGUCGCGUUAAACGUAAUUUCGCGCUGGGACGACGAGCUGAAAGCGCGCUUCAUAGCCGGCCAUCCGCGCAUUGGCGAAGUCAAGAAUCUUUCGCACCUCAGCGCAAGGGAGCAGGCGGCGGUCGCUACGCGCCCUGCCAUCCUUGUACGCCUUGGACAUCUGAACGCAUGCUAUGAGCAUCGCUAUCCGGGCUUGAGGUACAUCAUAUUCGUGAACGGCAGGUCGAGGGAGGCAAUCAAGGAAGAGAUGGAGAGUGUCUUGGGUAUCGAGCGGUCGCUCAGCCCUGACCAGCCCCCUGUCAAGAAUGUCAGCAGCGUUCAAGUCGGCGGGAGGGAGUGGAAAGAUGAACUAGCGAGAGCCAUUGUAGAUGUAGGGAGGAUCGCCAAGGAUAGGGUGCGCGCAUUGGGUGUGGAGUAG